AUGUCGUCUGAAAGCCUCAAUGUCAUUGCUCUCAUCUCGGGAGGCAAAGACAGCUUCUUCAGUCUGAUCCACUGUAUCGAGCACGGCCACCGGAUCGUAGCUCUUGCAAAUCUUUUCCCAGGGCCAGGACCAGGGACUUUGACGUUGGACUCAAGCUCAGGCCUACAAGCCAUUGAUAUCCCACACGGGCAAUCACCGCUCCGUGAGAAGGACGCCACCGGCACCGAGCUAGAGGCCAAUCUCGCGGGUUUCCAGCAUAUUGAUCCCAGUACGGAUACUUGGACCCCCAAGCCGUCCUCCAAAGACGGAGACGGAGACGAUGGCCAGGGUUCAGGGGAAACAUCCGACACGGACCUCAAUAGCUUCAUGUACCAAACAGUCGGGCACGAAGUCCUCCCCCUGUACGCCGCUGCAACUGGUCUGCCGUUAUACCGGCUACCCAUCACUGGACGUGCGGUCCGUCAUGAGAGGGACUACGAUGCCACUGCUAGUGGUCAGGACAAGGGCAAGGACAAGGACAGUGACGAGACAGAGUCCAUGCUGCCCCUGUUACAGGCUAUCGUCGCUCGCCAUCCGGAGGCCAAUGCUGUCUGUGCCGGUGCCAUCCUCUCAACCUACCAGCGCACCCGUGUUGAAUCAAUAGCACUAAGACUGGGCCUUGUGCCAUUGGCCUACCUAUGGCAGUAUCCGAUCUUACCACCCCCAUCCGCAGCCACCUCCGCUGACAUCCAAUUGUUGAUCGAUAUGGCCAACGCUGAGCUAGAGGCACGGAUCAUCAAGGUUGCAAGUGCUGGGCUAGACGAGGACUAUCUCUGGGAACGCGUGUCAAGUGAGAAAGGCUCGAAUCGCAUCAAGAACGCGUUGCGCAAGUUUGGCUCAACUCAAGGCGCAGCAGCCCUAGGAGAGGGUGGCGAGUUCGAGACGCUUGUCCUGGAUGGACCUUCAUCCGUGUUCAGAAAGAGGAUUGUCAUCCCCGACCAGGGACGUAGAAUCGUGCGUGAAGGAGGUGGUUGCUCAUGGCUUCUGUUGGCUGGUGCCAGGGUGGAGGACAAGCAAGAUCCUGCAGUCAAACCAACAGUCCGGGUACCAGAUCUCCUCGGUCCGCAGUUCAAGGCUGUGUUGGACGAUCUGCCAUUGCCCCUAGGCAAGCUGAAUGCUGUAGAAACUCCUGUGGCUGCGAGCAAACUGACGCCACUCCCCAGGGAUGCAGGGUCUUCGGUUGCGGAUGUUGAAAUUGAGCGAUGGUCCGUUCUCCCAGAUCUCAGUACCAGUGUACGGUCGAUCCAGGAGGAAACCCUUCAAGUCGUAGAGAAGAUUAGUGGCCUUGCGUCUGAGGCUGGCAUUCAGCUCUCUCAGAUCACAAGUACCAUCAUUGUCCUAAGGCGUAUGUCAGACUUUCCUCAGGUCAAUGCCGAGUACGGCAAGCUAUUCCCCAAGCCGAACCCGCCAUCUCGAGUGACCAUCUCGUGUGGCGACUUACUGCCAGCUGGUGUGAACAUUGCUGUCUAUCUGACAGCCCCGGUGUCCAAUGCUACGAAGGAACGUAACGGUCUUCAUGUUCAGUCUCGUUCAUAUUGGGCACCUGCGAAUAUUGGCCCCUAUAGUCAGGCUAUAGACGUACCUGUGACAGCUCAUAACCAAGCUACAGGUCUUCGAUGCGUCUCUAUUGCUGGCCAGAUACCCCUGAUUCCAGCAACGAUGCUACUCCCGUCCCCGUCUGAGAAUUCGCAUGAGCUUCAGGUUGUCUUGUCCCUGCAACAUCUCUGGCGUGUUGGCCAAGAACUGAAGGUUCAGUGGUGGACAAGCGCUGUCGCUUACUUUCCUCGGGCAAGCUCUUCGGACGAGAUCAAGCACAACGCUCAGCUGGCAGGAUACGCUUGGAAACAAGCACAUGGAUCUCCUGACGACGACGAAGAGGUCGAAGGCGGCCCGGAUCUUUGGGACUUAAAGUACAAUCCCGCGUAUAUGUCACUUGGCAAUGAUGAUAAGGCAGCACGAAAAGUCAUCCCUGACUGGGACGCACUUACUCUUCGUCAACAGAAUGAGCCCGAGACAUGCAUUCCACCUAUGUUUGCUGCCGAAGUUGAAGAGCUCCCUCGACAAGCUGCAGUAGAGUGGCACGCCCACAACGGGCUUUCAAGAGUAGAAGAAGCUAGCCUUGUGAUGACAUUUUUGCCUGAAGUUGGGAUCCAAGGCUGGAGAAUCUGGCAUUCAGUGGUUACAACAGCCAGUGCUACAGUCAUAUAUAGUACAGCAGCAUAUGCUGGUGCCGAUAAGUCUCAGUGUCAUUCUCUUGACGACUUGAAGACGGAUAUGCGCAAAGUUAUGCAGGAGUCUUUCCGCCAACUGCACCCUCACGGACCUGAAACAACACACAGCAAGUUGUCUCUGGUAUAUGCAGAUGCUGCUGAGAUUAAGUCUUUAUGGGACAAUACUGGGGACAACUCUGAAGUGGCCCUUAUCCCUUGCCAGUCCAUAUGGUCACAUGAUGGGCAGAGCGUCACCGUCGUGGGCCUAUUUGAAACAAUUAUCAUGCAAGAAUCAUGA